UUUGAUGCGGCGUUGCUAGCACGCUUGUACGGUGUCUCCGCUUGCAUGCUUUGAUAGUUUCACUGGUUUCGUUACUUUUGUCUUGCGUUGUGCUACAACUGCCGCUGUUAUUUGUACCUGUGGGCAACGCGAAGGGAACGUUGUUCGUUUACCUGACUGCAGAUACCGUAGGUACCUACAAACAUGGGAGAAGUCGCGCAGAGCAGCAGUGCAACGUCAUUACAAGACUCGAGUUCGAGCAAAAGCGAGAAAAGAAAAGUGCGCAGGCGAAAGAAGAAACUUUUCAAGAGCAUUCGAGACCAGAUGGAGUUCUACUUCAGCGACGCCAACCUUCGCAAGGACCGUUAUAUGAACGAGCUUGUAAUGAAAGACGAGGAAGGAUACGUGGAUCUCGAGGUGUUCUUGACCUUCCACAAGAUCCGGGCCCUAACUUCAGACGUCAAAGACAUCGCAGGUGCCAUAGCUACAUCGGAGUUGCUCCAGAUGGAUGAGGAGCAGAAGCGGGUGCGACGGUGUGCCGAUUUCACGGCCAAGGCUGAUGUGGAUGAGUGCACUUUGUAUGUUGAGCGGUUACCGCUGCAUGCUGAUCAUGCGUGGCUGAAAGGAGUCUUCAGCCGACAUGGGCAGGUGGUGUACGUAAGCCUUCCACGGUACCGCCACAACAACCGCAUCAAGGGGUUUGCUUUCAUCGAGUUCGCCACACCUGAAGAUGUUGACAGAGCCUGCAAGCACUUUGGCUAUCAAGACGGGAGCAGCAGGCAUCCCGAUGUGGCCGCAGGGCCCACUGCAGUCGCUGAUGAAGUGUUGGAAGACAAAGGAGAGAAGUCUGAAGACGAAGAUGCUCCACCUGCGAAAAGGAGAAGAGAGGGGAGCAGCGAGACAACUGGACAUGUAGCAUUCUCCAUGGACAUCAAGGCAGAUGAGGAUAAGGAGGACGUUGCAACCACUACUGACGCCGAGAGCUCGGACACUGGCACAGCAAAAGGGGAGUUUGAAGUGCCAGGAGGCACUGGAAUGGAACACUCAAUGUUAGUGCAAGCUAAAAGGAAGAAGAAAUUGCGCAAGCGCAAGAAGAAGAUGCAAGAGUCCAAAGAGCAGCAACCCUCAUUAUUAGUGAUGCCAAAGUAAGUAUUUUGUCAGUAUGGA